AUGGAGGCGCCCGGUGCCUCGCGCAUGUUCUGCAAUGGAGGCGCCCGGUGUGGUGAGCAGGCGAACAGUAGCCCCGCCGUCCUGUCGGUCGUCGUCGGUGCCGCUGGCAUCGGUGCGGUCGAUCUACUACCAACCAAGCAGCAGCAGGACGAAGAGGAAACAUCACAGGAGCUAUUGCGCCCGGUGGCCGGUGUCCUGCGCAGCGCUAUCACCUCGUCGAAUGCAGCGUCCGUUUCGUCGUUGCGUGAGCCCGGCCUUCGACGGCGGGUGUCGGAUAACGCCAUCGCCCUACGGAGGUUGGUGCAACCGUGCCACCAGUACGCUUGGCUACGCCGGACCCCGGUGAGCCCCGCGAUACCGAAUCCUGUAGCCCCGGAGUCGCUGGCCGAGCGCCGCACAGAGUUGGCGAACGGCAGCAGCAGCAACAGCAACAGCAGCAGCAACAACAGCAGCAUGGGCACGAAGAUGUCAUCGUGCUGUCGGCUGAAGACGCCCGGGCUGACGGCGGACCGCCGGACCAAGUCAACCGGCAAUUUGAACCAAGAUACGGCGCAGUACUUCUAUCAGUACCAGCAGCACCACAAUAAUAACAAUCCGGUCGACGUGCUGUUACUGAGGGCAUCGUUGCAGGUCAGCAACGGCAGUGGCCGAUCGUCGGAGAAGGAUUCGCUAGGCACUCACUCGCCGAAGCAACCGCCGCUACACCUGCCACCGCAACCGGACCUGGCCUCCUGCGCUACACUGCCCGUCGGUUCGGACAAUCUGGCCACCGAUCCGGCCACCACAGUCAUCUGCGGCAGUCUGCCGACCUACCUGGAGUACAACCGGUCCGGAUCACCGUUCUACGGUGAGGUCUCGUCCGCGGAGCAGGAAGCGAGCGUCCAACAGAAUAAGGAGCUACUCUACAGCGCCGCGGACCGGAAGCACCCGAUCGAUCAUCAGCUGCGGCGGGUGCUGUACUGCAGUCCGCACAUCGCCGAUGCGCUCGGCUGCGACCAGGGCUACGGGAGCGAGCGAUCUCCGGAGGACGAACCGCCUCCGAGUCCGACGACCGCAUCCGUCACACCGAAGCGACCGCAGAGACCUCAACCACCUCCACCCAUGUCCGGGAUGCUGACACACCCACCCGAACCUGACGACUCCCUCGGCAACCCACUGUUCGACCCGUUCACCCUUGCCUACCCAUUCAUCACCGAUGAUUCCAUCUUUUGCGUGCAGAUCGCGAAAAGCGCCAAUGAGGUCGGCCUAUCGUUUUCCGGUGGCAAGGACUCGACCGCCCCGUACCCGGGCCUGAUCCGCAUCAAGCGGCUCUUUCCGCACAUGCCGGCCUGGAACACCGGUGCACUGCAACCGGGCGAUAUCGUGCUCGCGGUCAACGAAACCCCGCUCACUGGGCUCACGAACUACCAAGCCCUGAAGGUGCUGCGCAAGGCGGAUCGGAUCAUCACGCUGAUAGUGUGCCGGCCGCCAGACGACGAGUACCGGAAGCUAUCGCCGCCGAUAGAGCAGCCGAGACCGCCCCUGAGAGCGGGCCUCGGCUGCCCAUCGCCACUCAUCACGAUCAACGAUGGCCAGCACCAGCAGCAGGAGCAAAGCCUCCACGAGAAGCCAGCGUACUGCGGGUUCGGUAACGUGUCCGCAGCCACUCUGUAUCACCCGGGGCUGCUUCAACCACUGCCCGAUCCGGCCCAAACCAGCUGCAGUGGGGAGUUCGAGAUCGUGCUGACGAAGCAGCAGGGCUCGCUCGGGUUCACCAUGCACAAGGAGGACGACUCGGUGCUGGGCCACUGCGUCCGGGCGCUCGUCCGCGAGCCGGCCCUGAGCGACGGCCGGAUCCGACCCGGCGAUAAGAUCGUCGCCGUGAACGGUGUCCUGCUGGCGGGCAUGACGCACGAGGAGGCGGUGCUGUUUACGCGCCAGACCGGCGAUACCGUGCGGCUGCGGCUGUACCGCGACCAGUCCCCCAGUCCGACCUCAUCGCCGACUAGCGAGUCCACGCUGUUACUGCUCGGUGGUGGCGGUGGCCGUGGUGCCAAGGCAGGGCCGGGCCGUGCGGUACCGCCUGGCCAGCGUCUGCGCCCGGAAGCACUUAAUCUGCUGGCGAAUCUGGCCGCGCACCGUAAGCAGCGGCAGCAGCAGCAGGAUGGUGCCGGAACAUCCCUCGACCGGUCCGAUCGCCGUCUGAUCCGGAAGGCCUACGUCCACUGUCCGUCCGGUCAGUGUCGGCACAACUGUGUCCCUGCGACACUGCAGCACCACCAUUCCAGUGACGUCACCCGGUCGCCGGUGAGCGGCCUGGACGGUACGGUUUCCUAUGAUGGUGGUGGUGGUGGUAGUGGUGGUGGUGAUGACGGUGACGUUGAUGAGGACGACUUCGCCAACACUUUCUACGCGGACGAAGAGCUCGAGGACGUCGUGCGGGCCGACGACUUCGAGCGGCUCCUGCUAGACGAUGGCUCCAGCUCGAGCAGCUUCGGCCGGCAUGCUCGGUUGCCAGUGGCGGAGAAGGCCCCGGCUCUCGGUCCGGACUCCCCGGUGAGUCUGCCGUGCGAAACGUUCCUGGUGGCGUGCACGACCGACCAGGAUCUGCGCCAGGCGGAGGACUGCGACGGCCAGCAGACGCGGGAAGCGAUCUACGUACAGCACUUCGCGCACAAGGCCCUGUACGCGUCGGUCACCGUGCCGACCCGUGCCGGGGCGGCCGAGAUGGUGGAGGCGGUCGAGAGAGGAGGGAGAAAAGGACUAAUGAAGUGGAAGGGCGCCACGUUGCUUCCGGACGAGAAGGCAGAAAAAACCGCGGAACCGAGCACCGGAAACCCGCGGGCGGAACCGGCCGACGCAGGUAGCUCGAACACCGGUAAUCAUUCGGUGGACGACUCUAGCCAAUCACCCACACCGGAUGCGGCAACCACGGCCACCACGACGCCCACGACCGGGCAAGACGAGAUGGUCGACUUCCAGAUCCGCGACGUUACGGACGAUGGGGCUGCCGGAUGUGAGGUCAUCACCGUCGAGCUGAACCGGGGCUGGAACAGUCGGCUGGGUUUCAGCCUGUCGCAGGACGUGAGUCAACCGGCUCACCAAGCAACCGGCGCCCGCACAGUGAUUAGCGCGAUUCACCCGGACAGUGUAGCGGCUCGGGACGGUCGGCUACGGGUGGGCGACGUGCUGCUUAAGGUGAACGAGGAAUCGGUCGAAAGGAUGCCGACCGCAAGCGUGAUCGAGCUGAUUCGCAUUGUGCGAGGUGCCAUCUUCAUCAAGCUGUUGCGCCCGACCGGUAGUGAUACGAUGCAGGCAACCAAGGCCCCCAGUGAUACGAUGCAGGAUGCCGAUGGCGAUGGCAACGGCGAAGCAGGGUACACCAUCCUUCCAAUGCCCACAGAUAGUACACCGUUCGACCAGCAGCAACACUAGUAGUAGCAUCGGUGGUAGUGGUAGGACCUUCCACCCACCACACACCUUUUUGGUCCGUUCCUAGCCUUAAGCAGUAGCACAUAAUAAUCACAGUGCACCCUCUGGUGACGGUGGUAGGUUGAACAACAUCAAUUACACACGAGCAGGGUAGGGUGGACGCGAUGAAUGAGCAGCAGACCCACGUAGGGCCCACGAGAUACCUCUCAUUGUUGGUUUUGUGUUUGUCUAUACUCGGUGCGUAGCAUGUAAGAUGUCGUGUGCUGUACGUGUCAUAGUUGAUCGCAUGGGCGUCAUCGAACUAGAAGAUGGUAGGGCUUUUAGUGGCUGCCAACUUUGCUGGCCCCAACGCCCUGGCACAGUAACGGAAUUGCGAAGGAAUUGAAGAAGAGCCCCCUCGACUCUCUCGAGGCUACCUAGUAUCCGGAACCAAACGCCUGCACAUACGCCAUGAACAGCUGUUGUUACCAAAUGUCCCCCCCAAAGAGGUAAUGAGGUUUGUUGAUUGUUUUCUUCGUUUUUACUGCUCUAAAAAGAGAUAAAUACAACACGUUGUGUGUCGUAGAAUUAGCGAUCCCUCAAAAUCUCUUCCAACACUUAGGCAAUUCAGGGGUUCAGUUUACCUGUUGCUAGUCACGCAAUACCGAAAACGGGCUUCACAAUGCAAAACAGCAGCAGAGUCCGACGAUUCGAAAGACAAGAAACCGAUACCACGCAGCACCCAGUUGCAUUGAAUAAGUUACUACGUUAUUUGUUACACAGCGUUGGCACCAAAUUCAUGGCGUAGGAACCAACAAAAUAGGAAAAUUGCACACUAUUACCGUUUUGGGACAUUAAGCACUGUGCAAAGGCUUGCGUUCACACGAUUUUAAAAGCACUGCAAACGGGGGCGUUUUUUACUCUUCGCUGGCGCUCGUCUAGCGGUUGUGCGGCGGUUCCGAAACGAACCGGCGUCAAGGAAUUGCAACACUGUAGAGGAAAAAGUUUUAUCGUACAAAAUAUGGUAUUGCUCUAACGCUCGUCUACGGUCACAAAACACGAAGAAUGAAGCGGGAAAGGCGCAAGAGGUGCCUCAUGAAGAGCUUACUGAGUCGACCAGAUCGAAAGGCGCGUGCUGUGGUAGCAGUAGCACUUCAUAAAUAUCAGAAAAAUCUCCGAAAACGAUGUGGCCGUGGUGUAGAAUGUUUCCGGCGGGCAGAAGUUGAUCAGUAGUCGGUAACGAUUCCCUAGGAUCCGCCCAUAAAAAAACACACCGUUAUAGUAAGCAACAGAGACUAACGUUGGCCGCCCGGUGGUUGUCACUACCGGAUAGGAAGAAGAGUCGCGGCCAAGGGGCCAAAGAAGAAGAGAAGAAGAACGUGAACGUGAUCAAACCCCUGCACCCGGAAACGGUUAAAGCAUGCAGUUAAAGGCUCGCAGCAAGAAUAAGUAGACAUUCAA